UAAGCAUACACCAGUCGUAGUGAACGUGCAAACAAUUACUAAAUACAGUAACAAACACAUGCAGGUGUUUUGUUUCCUUAUCAGUCUGUACCUACAUCAAGCUCGUCAUCAUUCGAUGCUAUCUGUACGUGUGCAUUUACAUAUCCACUUGACAACCAGUGGCAUUUACUUUUUCUCUCCGCCGACCGUGCGCAAAGAUACAUCGUCUUUGUCCCUGGUGAAUCUUAUUUUGGGUACAUCGCUGACGCUUUCUUGAGGGCUGAACUUUGCCCACACGCUCCUCAUACACUUCCAGCGCUCGUUAACGCCGUGUCCUCAUGGUUGUCUCACACAGCUCCCCGCGGAGGCGUGCCCACGCCGCUCAAAUACAGCGCCGCAGACGCGCGUCUGACUCAUUGGGUUUGUCAGAGCGUAUACAGUGAGGUAAGCAGAGCCGCGCUGCCCACGCCGAGGAGAACAUGCGAUUGUCUCGAACCAUACCCACUCCCGACAUUGAGACACAGCGCGUUCGUCUCAGUGUAUAGUGAAGCGCCUUUGCCGAUUUAGGAGAGAAAAGUUUUAGGAGGUGACAAAAGCUACGACGGUUUGGACGUCUACUUUCCAUUCAGCUGUUUGUGGAGGACGCAUGAUUUACCUGUGCCGGACCAAAAGCGAAGAUUGCAUGAAAGAUCUCAAGGCUAUACUGAGUUGCACCACACUGGGAGGCUUACUGGAUAAGCAGGAGAAGUAUCCCUGUGACUCCAAAAAAGUGUCUCCGCUUCUAUCUUCUCCCACGAUGGCCCUGGCCUCCUUCCAUCUGAUGCAAACUCUAAAGAACUCUCCGGCGGCUCUGCGUCGGCGAUUCCGUCGCGACCGAACAGAGAGCCUGUCUCACGGCGAUCCCCUCUUCAAGGUGCACUACCUUGGCACCAAGAAGAUCUUCUCCCUGGACUUGGAGCAGGCGGAGGAUGCCAUCGAUCGACUCCUGGAUGGAGCCCCUGGGAAGCUUUCUAAAGAUCACGCCCUAGUAGUGCGACCCCGAUACGUCGAAGUUAAAGAACUGAGCACCGGAAGGCAGCUCACCAAGACCUACUUGCAGGAUAUCGCGUACUGCGCCUCGCACACGGCCAGACCCAAUGUGUUUCUGUACAUCUGCAGGCAGCCCGGUCAGCAGCUGCAAUGCAGAGUGUUCUGGUGCAGUAGGGCAGAAAGGGCAAAGGACAUGACCGCCUGCCUGGCAAUGUCGUUUCAGAGAGCGCUAAAUGACUGGCAGGGGGGAUGUGCCACGUUGCCGCAAGGGGAAGGGAUCACUAAAGAGCCAGAGAUUUCUGGUACGCCCACUGCAUCCAUAGGCUCAACAUUGCCAGCUAGUUUGGGAAAAGGUGAGUUAAAGCAGAACAAAGUGGAGACAGAUGAGUGCUGUACUCUUGUAGCUUAA